AUUUAUGAACGUGGUUCAUUCAUAACACCACAAUGUACCUGCAUUGUUGACUUCCCUCAGAUGUGUUUCCGACAAGGAUGAAAGUACUGUCUUGGUUGGCUUUUCUAUUGGCUUUCAGUGUAUCCGAUGGAAGAAAAGCAUGUUCACCUGGAAGAUAUUGGGACUCUGGACUGGAUAAGUGUGAUCUAUGUUCUUCUAUAUGUGACUUUAUGGAACAACAAGGAACUGCCAAAGCAUGUCAAGAAAGUUGUCCUGAUUACAAAUCAGUGGCUGAUGCAAAACAUGCGGAUGGACAACCCAUCGACAACGGUACAAGCAUAAUUGUGCCAGUGGUUGUAUGUGCCAUUGUUGGCGUGAUCUGUAGUAUUGUUGUAGCCGGGUGUCUCCUUCGUCGGCAUUGUCAACGACACACCCAUGCACCAUCUGACGAGCCCACCCCACAACCACCAUCUCACUCAACAGUAACAUACGUGGCUUUACCUAUUCAUACUCAGACGGAGGACGCUGCAACAUCUGCCUCGUCCAUAGGUGCGUCUGCAGACCGACGGGAAGACAUAGAAGGGAAUUUAAUUGGUUACCCAGACCUUUCAGCCCAAUUUGAACCAAUCGGUGACGAUAUUUCAACAAGCUGAUGAGGACACUGACCAGGAUGGGAUACAUUUUAAUUGGUGACAUUACUGACUUGGUCAUAACACAGGAUGAAGAAACAGAUUCAAGAUUCCUCUAUUGUGCAUGUUGCUAUCCAGCUGAUCUUCCAGUGUACAGGAAAACAUAAAUGUAUUCUCUAAAAUAAAUUGCAGAAACAGUAGAGAUAGAUUUCAAAAUUACAAUAUAUUACACAAUGUAUGGACAUCCAUGGUAAUAAAUGUGAAUAGAGACAUUAUGUUCAUGUAUGUUUUGUUGUAUUAUGUGUUUGUGAGGUUGUUAUUUUGCAGAAACUAUGUUUGUGUGUUUGUUGACAUUUGAAUGAAUGUUUUGUUUUGGGUUUGGGUUUUGUUUGGGAACAGCAAUCUGUUAAUUCUCAUGCCUCGUUUUUAUCUGAAUUUGUGAGUCGGCUUAAAUGUAUUCAUGAACAGAAUUGGUAUAGUUCACUUCAAAAUGGCAGCAAAUCUGUGUUUUAUUCUUACUUCAAAAUUUCAUUGUCCAGUUAAUUGUAUUUAAAUGUGAUUAACAUUAAAAAGUUUAGAGUAGCACUUGCUCAGUUUAGAUGUUUUUCACAUAAGUUACAUAUUGAAACUGGAAGGUAUUAUAAUAUAGAUAGAAAUGAUAGAUUAUGUUUACAGUGCGAUGGACGUUAUAUUGAGGAUGAAUACCAUCUUCUCCUCGUGUGUUCCAAAUUCCAACAGCUCCUCUUGAACCAUUUACCUAAAAACUAUUGUAUCAACCCAAGUAAAGCCAAAUUCAAACUCCUCGUGUCAUCAUCAGAUUGUAAACUUAUAAAUAACCUAGCUAGCUUUAUCUUUCAUGCAAUGUAUCUAAGAUGUUAAAAUUAUCAAUUUAUACUGUGCACACCAUGUUUUGCCAUGCACAAUGCAACCUAUGUAGUUAUGGGCCGUUGGCCUUCACUUAUGUAAUAAAAGAAUUGAAUUGAAUGAAUGUGAAGUCUUUGCAUGGUUUGUAUCAGUGUAUAGUGUGUAUCAGCAGGUUCGGGAGUGCAUUUGAUAGGUGACUUGGCGUAUGAUCAGAAAGAGAUGUUUGCUUUUGUAUUUUAAUGUUUCUUUUCAUGAACAAUGCCAAGUGGCAUUUGAUUCUGGUCACUGAAAGUAUUUUAGAAAUAUUCUUAAUGAUUGUGUAUGUAUUGAUGUAUUCUUUU